CCUCAGCAGGGAACUGGAACAACUACAUCGGCGUCAGGCGGAGGCCGGUCGUUCUUCGGUAUCCUAAGUUGGGCAAGUGUCUUUGGAGUAGGUGUUGUGUCACGCAAAGGGAUCAAAACUCGGGACUAAGUGUUCAAAAGGUGAAGAAUUGCCUGAUUCUUUGGUAAAGGUCAUGCUCUGUCUCGGGUACUGCUCUUAAUCUGCUGAGAGAAAAUCCUGCUACGAAGCUACUGACUGAAGAUUCAUUGCAGCAGGUGUCAUUUAUGUAAGGUGGCUUGCUCCGUUGUAUUUUGGUACCACGUGCAUUUUAUCCUACUUUUCCAGCCCAAGCCUGUGUCUUACUGGGCGCAUGCACAAGGCUUGGACGUGUGGCUGAACCUGUACCAGAGUAAAGGAAGUCUUAGACCAUGCCUGUUCCACCUCCUCCUCCUCCUCCUCCUCCACCUGCAGCUCCGCCCCCACCUCCACCUCCCUCUUUUUCUUCGGGACCUGCAGAACCACCAAAACUAAACAAAGAAGAGCACCAAGGUCGAAAUGCACUGUUAGCUGAUAUCCAAAAAGGGGCUCGUCUAAAGAAAGUGACACAAAUCAAUGACCGCAGUGCCCCAGUUAUUGAUGCUCCAAAAGGUGGAAGCAGAGAAGGAGGAGGAGCAACUACAUCACCUUCAGCUGGUGGGGUAGGUGGAUCCCCGCAGUCCUUAGGUGGUUUAUUUGCAGGUGGCUUUCCUGUGCUGAGACCUGCAGGACAGAGAGAAAAUUCAGGUCCCAGAUCAGCACUUCAGCCUGGUGGAUUUAGAGGGCAGACACCAAGACUUCAGAUUCCAGUUAACAGCAACAUCAAUAAUGGAAGCAGCCAGAAUACUCCAACAUCAGACAACCCAAAGCAGACAAAGUCCUCUGAUCCACCUCCUCCUCCAGUUCUCAGGCCACCACCAGCACGCCCAAACAGACCUGCUUCUCCUUUACCUCCUCCUGUGCCUUCAUCACAAAGCAAGCCUUUACCACCUGUUCCACAAACUCCUCCUCCUCCUCCUCCACCUAUUCCAUCUGAGAAGCCAACAAAGACAGCAUGUUCCUUCAGUCCUCCUCCUCCUCCACCUCUGUCUCUUCUUCCACAACCUCCUCCUCCUCUACCACAGUCUGGCAAACCGAUCAACAAAGGUCAGAUUACCCCUCCGCCUCCACCAGUUCCCCCACCCCCUCCGCCUGCACCCCCCUCUAAUGCAAAGGACAGACCUAUCAGCUUUGCAUUUCCUCCUCCUCCUCCCCCCCCUGUUGCACUGUAUGAUGAUGGACUUGAGGAUCACAGUUCUGUUCCCCCACCCCCUCCACCCCUUCCCUUGUCAUUUGCUGCCAACCGACCCAGUCUGCCUGUGCCACCUCCUCCUCCCCCACCAUCAGCAUAUAUGCAAGCUGUAAUUACCAGUGAUGCUGCCCUAUCCUUACCUCCCAAGAGCUCAGUCCCUCCUACCCAGGCAUCUAAAGCAAACAUACAGUCCAUGCCACUCCCACCACCACCACCACCUCCCCCUCCUCACUUUGCUCAGCAAUAUGGAGGUAAUCAGAAAAGGGCUCAAGCCAGAGCAGGAGCAUCUGCUGCUGGGAGACUACCAGCCCCUCCUGCACCACCAGUCCGAGCUCAGUCUACAGGACUUUCAGCUAAGACACAACCUACAUCAUGGACAUCUCAGCCGCCACCCCCGCCACCCCCACCACCACCUGCUUUAAUGCAGCCAUCCAGUUAUGGACAAAUGCAGAUGUCUGAUAACUUUGAAUCCAAGUUUAACUUUCAUUCAGUUGAAGAUUUGCCACCACCGGAAGAAUACAAGCCAUUUAAUAAAACAUAUCCCAGCAAGGCACCUAGAGAAUACAAUAAAGGUACACCUGUAAGAACACAGAUGAGAUGAUAGACUACCAUGCUUCUGUGCCCAUAAGUGAUUGAAGAGCUGCAACCCAUUAGAAAGGGUUUCAGAAAAGAGAAGAUCAGCAGUCGAUAGAGCUAUCCAUUUUUCUUUUGACUGCUUGACAGCUGCAAAGCGAUCAGCUGCCCUAAAGUGGAAAUGAUUUAUGUUUAAUAUUGUUUAUAGUUUGCUUCAUUAUCUUUCUUAAUUUUUUUUUUUACCAUUGCAAAGACGCAACAUUUCUUUAAUUUAGGAUGAUUGAUUUUCUAAUUCACAAACCUCUUUACUGUCCAAGGUGUGAAGCCUUUUAAUGUGUGUUUUUGUCAAGCCAAGUUUAUAUCCCAUGUAAUAAAAAUGGUCUUUGGAUCAGC